AUGCCCGAGAUCACGCCUGAACCCCCAUCAUCAGAGCACGAUGAUGCCGAACCGCUCAUGGCCAACAUCCCCGAUACCAGGGUCCCAGUUGCCAAUCGUCUGCCAUCCCCGAUCACCCCACUCCCUACCCCUUAUGGGAAUGCUGACCCCUAUCCGACAUAUGACCGAGCUGAACGUCGAUUAAUGUCCUCCCGGGCCGCUCUCUCAUCAGCAACCCGACGGCAUAUGAAUAACCCACCAAGCUGGCGACCUGUUAGCCAGAUCCCCACCCGCCUCCUCCCUAGGGCCCCUCAUGUCAUUGAUACUGCCGCUGGCAACCCCAAUCAAGCACGAGCAAGGAAUAUAUCAAGUCGUCCCAACCCUCUGGCCCCAUACUGGCCACGCAUCAGUGCUGAAGACACGAUUGCCCACUUACCAUACAAUUUGGUCAGGCAACUUGGCCUUGAUUCUGUUGAUAUUGAACUUGUAGACCGGCUGAUUGACACCUCCCCGGAAUACAGGUGGCCCAUGAGUGUUCUCCUCAUGGUCUCGGCACAACAAGGACCCGUCCGUCAAAAUGACCCUCGCCUGGCGCCCCCGCGCGAGACGCGCUCCCCAUCCUACGAGGACACCUUUGCAUUUGACCAGAGCUUUAAUGAAUACGUCAUGUAUAGCGUUCGUGCAAUCCUCCUCGAUGGCACGUUGGAUUAUUACAGUCACCCAACGCACACAACCCCCGCCCGAUCGGUCAACCACCCAAUGGCCUUGAUGACCGACCACAUUAGGUCCUCUUUUGACUCCGGCCAAGUGGAUCUAGACAUGCUACCCCCAGGAUGGAAUUUCUCCGAACCCACCGCGAUUGUCCACAUCCGCCGAUUGAUCCAAGAGAAUAUAAACGAAGAGAAACCGCGCUUGCGUCGUGCAGUCAUGGUCAAGAUAUCACCCUUUUCCUCGGCCCACGGACCUAUCCCUAACCUCGAUGAACUCCUCGCAUACGUGUGGAACAAACAGCAGCCUGGCAGGGCCCUGCACCCGGCCCCCCUUGAACCCCCACCCCUUGGACGGAUGGUUGACCGUGUGCGCAUUGCGCACACCCGACUACACAUGCUGGACUACAAGUAUGGGUGGCGUGUCCCCUCAUCUUCCAACUGGGACACUUUUGACCGCGACCUCCAGGCCCUUGCCGCUCGUGAUUCCAUAUAUCGGCAGGCCCAUGCAAAUGCAAUUCUCCUCCGUGAUAGUCAGCUCUUCAAUGGCCUGAACACACUUGCAAGCAUCCCGGAGCGUGCACGGCGGCUACCCAACGAGCAGGAAAUCGACCACCAGAUUAUGUUGAUAGAAGUCGAGACAACCAUCUCAGACCUCGGACAGCCUGAGCAUAGCCCUGAGCCCGAAGAAGCAUGAACCUACAACCUGCCGUGUGACAACCCAUGUCACACAUUGUCCCUCGAUUACAUCUUCGUUCUAGAUAUCCGUACUGAAUGUUGUUCGCUAGACCUUAAAUUACAUUUUCAUUCUACAUUUCAUUCAACAUUUGUGUACUUGUUGUUGUUGCGGCCUUCCUCAUGCUACAUCCGAAGAGCCCGGAAAUCAUUGCCUCCUGAUAAAUAUAACACAAUCACACAAUCCCUGUGGGUAACGCCC